GGCGGCGGGACGCGGCCGCGUGUCGAGCGGAGCCCGGAGGCGGGAGCGACCGCGGAGGAUCCCACUCCACGUCAAGUUGGAAGCGUAGCGCGACGCCUCACCGGACCGGCACGCUCCGACCGCUCGCUCUACGCCCCGCGCGGGAAACUACGCACACGCAUUUUCAGAAUAUUCUGAAAACUUACGCUCUCAGUGAAAACUACGCCGAGUUCCUCCACCUCCUUGGAUUUCUAUAAUGUUCAGUGUUUGUGACGUACAUCUAAGCAGACGAACAAAUUAAUUAUCAAGUUUGAUAAGGAUGUGUGUUGGAGACAUUUCAGUGUUAAUAAGUGAAAGUAAUUUACAUAAUCGUAGAAUAUUAUGUUAGUUUAAUUAUGAGGGAAGUAAAGGCUGGAAAUAUGAAGAAGAGGAAUCACAGUCAGACUUCGGAAAAGCCGAAGGGAAAACGGAGGGAAGACUCUUGUUUUGUUAAAAAGCAUUGUCCAAUCGGUGAAGAGGCCAGCCUGCGCGCGCGCCGACACAUUAGGAAAAUAGACAGACCGUUUGUAGACAUUGGAAAUGGUUAUGCAAAAUUUCGGGACUAUGCGGAGAAAUUGGCGAGGGUCGCUAGGGAAGAAGCCAGGCCAGAACAAACACAAGAGCCACCACCGACAAUAUAUUUCCCGGGCACUUGCGGCCUGCAGUCAUGCGGCAAGGAAGCAGCGUGCAUGCCGUACAACAGUACCACGCACUACUGCCGCUGCACUUCCAACGGUCUGCCCGCUACCGAAGACUUCAAAUGCCCCAGAAGCACAGUUCCCGUGACUCUGAAGCCCAUAUUGAAUGUGAUCCCUCCGAGACCGUCGAAUGCCUCAGACACACGGUACCUGUCGUCAGCGCCCACCGCACAAGUAUCCAAAUCUUCAAGCAGUGGAGAAAUAUUCGCAGAAUCUACGACUGGGAACGGCUCACUAAUAGAUACGGGUAUGAGUGCCGGCGUGGGUACUUUAAUAGCCGUCACAGUUUCAGGGGCCGUAACUUUAAUAUUACUCGUCUCCAUCAUCCUACUGUACCUCAAAAAGAGAAUGUGUCGUGUCGAUGGGAAAACACAACCUCGUGUGCGACCGGGAGAGCCUCUGCUUGCUGAAAGGUAUAUAACGAACCCGCAGUAUGGAGUCUACGGAGCGGGCAACGUGCCGGUGCCAGGCACUCCAGGAGUGAUGGACACUGAUGAUACCAACAAGUCCCAGGUCCAACUUCUAGACAGAAACGCCCUUACAUUCCUCGAAGAGGUUGGUGAAGGAUGCUUUGGCAAAGUCCACAAAGGACUUCUUAGAACUACCACUGACGAACAAGUAGUGGCCAUUAAAGUACUAAAGGAAAGUGCAGGUCGCAAUGCCGAAGAAGACUUUGUGAGGGAAGUCUCCAUAAUGUCUGCAUUUAGGCAUCCCAAUAUCCUUGCUCUAGUUGGAGUUGUAUACAGAGAUGACAUCAAUGCAAGCCCCUGGAUGGUUUUCGAAUACAUGGAGUGGGGCGACCUGGCCGGCGUGCUAAGAGGCUCCCGCGGAGGAGGCAGGCCGGGGCCAAUACUAGAUGAACAUGCUUUACUACAUGUAGCACUGCAGAUAGCACGAGGUAUGCAGUACCUCGCUUCACGGAGAUUCGUUCAUCGAGAUCUUGCGGCGAGGAAUUGUCUCGUUGGUGCAAAUCUCACAGUGAAAAUAGCAGACUUUGGUAUGUCACGAGAUGUUUACACUUGUGAUUACUAUAAAAUGGGCGGCGAACGACCCAUGCCCGUACGGUGGAUGUCCCCGGAAAGUAUUGUAUACGCUCGGUUCACGCACGAGUCCGACGUAUGGUCGUACGGCGUAGUGCUGUGGGAGAUAUACAGCAGAGGCAAACAACCAUUCUAUGGGCAAAACAACGACGGCGCUACCAAAUUAAUUUUAAGAGGUAUAGUGCUAGUGCCACCCGAGGACUGUCCCCGCUUCGCUGGUGACUUAAUGCGUGCAUGUUGGAAGGCUGAUCCUCGAGAUAGAAUAGGUUUCGAUGAAAUAUGUAGAAAAUUAGAGGAUGCAGCAGCGGGUGGUCAGGCAAUGCAGGUGCGACUACCGCGACCUCCGCCUCCUCCACAAGACGCCACAGGAUACUUGAUUCCGAAGGAGCAGUUGCCAGUAGACUACCUGAAGCUGUCAUUGCCGACGCCUGAGGAUCACGCCGAGAUGGAGGCCGCGUUCGAGUCGAGCGAGGACGAGGACGAGGACGAGGAGUACACCUGACAGCCGGCGCGGCGGCCGGCCUCGCAGUACGUGGCGCGCUCCUCGCCCUCGGCUCUCUCCUGCACAUUCCGUUCACAGACUAGCGACUUCUCACAGUUUCAGUGUUAACUCCGAGUUUGGUUGACACGUUGGAAGUGACUUCGAUGAAGCCGGGAAUGUAACUUCGAUAGAGUCAAUACUCAAUUACCUACCUAAGUGUGAUAUUUUUCAUAAUAAUAAUAGCUAUUGUACAUCUACGAACUUUCACUUGCUAUAGAGGUUGAUUGUACGUCUCUAUGAUAUUUAAAUUGUGUUGUGUAUUUAACGGAUAUCUUAGUUGAUAAGUUAAUCUGUGUGCCAUAUGCCAAAAAUAAAAGUACGUACCUAAUGUAAGAAGAUAGAACAAUUUAUGUAUACCAUAAUAGUUUUAUGUAUUUAAUAAACAAUCUGAACUUGUCCACUUUCGUAUUGAUAGAUUUUUACGAAAAACAAACGCCUACC